ACUAGAUGUGUCUGAAGAGUUAUGUAUUAGCUAAGACAAGAUAUAAGAUAUUAGUAAAAUGUUUUUGAAAUAGGAAAAGUGUAUAUCAUCAGAAUAAGUCGUUGAAAUAGGAAAAGAGUAUAGGAAUAAGUCGUUGAAAUAGGACAAAUGUAUAGGAAUUAGUCGUUGAAAUAGGAAAAAAGUUUAGGAAUAAGUCGUUGAAAAUGGAGAAUUGUAUAUAUAUAGGAAUAAGUCUUUGAAAUAGGAAAUAUGUUUAGGAAUAAGUCGUUGAAAUAGGAGAAGUGUAUGUGAAUAAGUCGUUGAAAUAGGAGAAGUGUAUAUGUAUAGGAAUACGUCGUUGAAAUAGGAAAUGUGUAUAGGAAUAAGUCGUUGAAAUAGGAAAAGUGUAUAUGAAUAAGUCGUUGAAAUAGGAGAAGUGUUUAUGAAUAUGUCGUUGAAACAGGGGAAGUGUAUAGGAAUAAGUCGUUGAAAUAGGAAAAGUGUAUAGGAAUAAGUCGUUGAAAUCUAAAGAAAAAUGUGAAACGUUUUAAUAAACGUGAUAUGCGCUUGCAAGGAAAGCAUUUGAAUACUUAUGAAUACAUACGUACAUGUAUGGCGGUCGUAUUUUUUUUAUUUAUUGCAGAACUUCGGAAAGAUGUCAGUUUCAGGACAUUUUAAUUUUUACUUGCAGAUUCAACCGAUCCGGCGGUGUUGUGUACGGAAUAUACGGGGUGUAACUUUUGCCCUAGUAAUGUCUGUUGCUCUUUCCCUGCUGUUUCUCGAAGGCAAGCCUAGGGCAGAUAAGAUCAAUUUUGAUGACCAUGAACGUGGAAGAGGGGAUUCUUUCUUGAUAUAUCGACCAUUCUCCACUACCAAGAAAGUUGACCGUGCUGUCCGCCAUGUUGCUUUUCUUAAAGUUCACAAAACCGGAAGCAGCACUGCCCAGAAUAUAUUCCUCAGGUUUGGAUGGAACCAUAACUUGACAUUUGUUCUUCCUCCUGCCAAAAACCCAUUUGGAUAUCCUAACAUCAUUAGUCUACGAGAGGGGCCUACUUCAUCAAACGUGCUACCGCCACCUGCAGGGAAACACCACGAGAUUCUCUGUAAUCACGUGAUCUACAACAGAACCUCGUUCCGAACGUAUCUUCCAAAGAAUACCUUUUACGUUGGUAUCUUACGGGAGCCUUACGAAUGUUUUAAAUCAACUCUAAAUUAUUUUAGGCCUGGUUAUAUCUUUUUAAAAAUAAAAUCACCGGCGCCAGGGUCUGACUAUUUGACAGACCCUUUAAAAUAUGAACCAGAAAGUGCAAUUAGUUCGAUUACUAACAACAGAAUGGCAGUUGAAUUUGGUUGUUCAGAGAACCUGGUUAAAUCUAAAAACAGAGAUCAAAUCAUGAAAUUUAUAAAACAGACUGAGCAAGAUUUUGGCCUUGUGAUUAUCACAGAGAUGUUUGAAGAAUCGAUUCUCCUUCUAAAACGGUAUCUUAACUGGUCAAUUAAGGAUGCUCUGUAUUUAAACAAAAAUAUUGCCCAUCGAAAGAACGUAUCGGCUUUGGUUGGUCCGUAUGACCGAGAAUUGUACAAGCAAUGGGCGACGAUUGACUAUGCGUUAUAUGAUCAUUUUUACAAACGAUUAAGACAGCAGAUUCGAAAAGAGGGAAACGAUUUUGACGAGGAACUUCUUCAUUUUGCGGAGAUAAGAAGAAUAACGAGCGAGUUUUGCUCGGUGUCGGGGAAAUACAAAGACGAUAAGUUGGCUGUGAAAGAGUCAAAGUGGGACGAGAAGUUCGAAUUAGCUCAUACCGAUUGCUUACUUUUACAAAAACAGGAAAUGCAUUUUGUUAAAGAAAUUCGGGUCAGGCAGUAUGGUUCAGAAGAUAUUUGAGAGUGUUUGUAAGGACGCAUUUGUGGACGUGUGCAAUCCAGUGUAGAAUAAACAAAUGAAGAGACGAAUCUGGAGUGAUACAUAACGAAUCAAAGUCUACCGCUAAUACAUUACUCAGUUUAUGUGGUAUUAAGACAUGUAUGGUGAAAUGCCAAGGAUAUUUCACCGAAGGAUCGAUUAUAAUACGUAACGGUGAUAACUUAUAUGAUCUGAGAAUAAGUAUAGUGUCACGCAGCUUUGACUUUAAAAUAAUAUAGCUAUGUUUCUUGGCGAAAAUGUUGUUCAUAGAGUGGUAUCCAAACUGCGAAAGUGUUCAAACCAAAAACAUUUGUAAGCUGGUGACAGGGAAGUAUUAAGUUUUUAUUUUAGACAAAAAUGCUCUUUAUCUGUAUAUUUUUGCUAUCUGCUCUUGUAGACUCUGUAUCUAAUUUACUAUAUGCGAUUUUCACUUGUCAAAUGCCAUGAUUUUAAUGCAUGCAGACUUUUAGAAAUACUGUCAAUUGAUCAAUACAUUAAUGUCGUUCUUGCUUGUAUUGAUAACAUUUUAAAAAUACAUUAAAUUUGUCUUUUAUAGCUCCGAUGUAAAAAUUAACAAAACCAUAUCUAUGUACAAAUUCGAUUCUCUUUUGAAAUCCCAAAAUGCCGACUAGUUUCAAAAAAUAUGGCUAGAACAUUUAAAUCUUGCUAAUGCUUGUCUGACACAAAAUAGUAAAUCUAUGCAUAAGUAUUUUUUUGUUUAUAGCAGAGAUUUAAAAUGCUUAUAUAUGCCACAUAAUGGGGAGUUUCGCGGUACCAUUUGAACCAGUUCCCUUUUUAUUAAACUUUGUUAAAGUGACACUCAUAUAAGAAAAAAAAAUCACUACAACAAUCAUUAAGCUUGAGUGGUGAACCUUUAACUACUUACUAUAUAAUACAAUUAAUGGAAAAUAUCAAUUACUGUUAACAAGAUUGUAACCAUGUAUUUAACAGCUGAAAACGCACACAAAUAUAAUAUUGGUGGGUCCGAAAAGAUUAACGGAGAUGAACGUUAGUCUCAUAUGGUAGAAUUAUGGUGGAAGUGUUUUCCGCACCUUUCUGUAUUUAAAAAAAGCAAUGACAUACAAUUUAUACCAACUCAUGUCACCUACGAAAUCUUACAAAUCUUUUACAUUCAUUUUAUACAUUAAACUAUUGGAAACAUUGAAUCCGCUAUGUUCCGUGUGUACAUAUCAUUUCUGACAAACACUAGUUUAACAGCAUGCUAUUGUCAAACGUAUGCAGUCAUUCCAUUUUGUCUUUUAGUAUCAAUAAACAAAGUUAAACAUACGUGCCAAUUUUGAAUUUGAUCCUUUGCUCUCAAUAGAUAUUUAAAUAAUGUAUUAAUAUCUUCAACCUUCCACAGCAAUUAUGGUUUGUUUCCUCAAAAAGGUAUGUCUAUGAUCGGACCACCGAACAUACAGGGUACAUUCCAUCGGCGUGGCUCGAAAAGUAACUUACGAGUUAUAAGUGCAUGGACAUACGGAGCAUUCAAACUUACUGUUUUGCCGUUGGGCAAAUAAAAUAAGGACAUGUUUAAGCCUAGUUGGGCAUAUUUGUUGUUUUGGCCAAUGGGCCCAAAUGUCCAUAAAGUUUAUGUCUGAUUUAUUAAAUAUUAAAUGUUUUAAUUAAAGUAGAAAGUACGCAUGCCAUUACCGCCAAGUUGGACGGAAUCUUAGUUGACUAGUCGUUUGUGUGUUAUAUGUAUUGUGUUAUUCAAAGAGCUAUGCCAUUUACUGGCAAACCAAAA